AUGACUACCACUUUCAAUGGUAUGCAAAAGGGGGAAUUUCCAAGCAAUACUGAGGUAAACCCAAUUGAGUACUGCAAGGCAGUGACUUUGAGAAGUGGAAGACAACUCCAAGAUCUUGGAUAUGAAACAAUUGAGGAGCCAAUAAUCUGUAUUGAGAAAAAAGACAAUUCAAAGGAGACAGUGAAGGAAGCACCACCAACUCUCGAGGCUGAAAAGCCACUACUCUUCCUACUAUUCCUAACAAUUUAUCCUCAAUGUUUUCAAAAGAAAACGGUUGAUGCUCAAUUCAAAAAAUUCUUGGACAUAUUUAAAAAGCUUAAUAUUAACAUUUCUUUUGCAAAUGCACUGGAGCAGAUGCCCAAUUAUGUCAAAUUUAUGAAGGAGAUGCUCUCUAACAAGAAGAAGUUUAAGAAAUUUGAAACAAUACAUCUGGUUGAGAAUUUCAACGUGAGAAUUCAACGAAAACUACCACAAAAACUCAAGGAUCUAGAGGGCUUUUCUAUUCCAUGCAAUCUUGGUAGUUAUGGUUUUAGAGGUUUAUGUGAUUUAGGUGUCAACAUUAAUUCAACUCCUUUAUCUUUGUGCAGAAAAUUAAAUAUUGGAGAAAUUAAGCGGACUUCUAUAAUGAUCCAAUUAGUUGAUAGAUCGACUGCACAUCCUUAUGGAGUCAUUGAAAACGUGUUGAUAAAAGUUGGCAAAUUCAUCCUUCCAGUAGAUUUUUAUGUGAUGGAUGUGGAGGAAAAUCAUGAGCUGCAUGUGAUUCUUGGAAGACCAUUUAUGGCAACUGGGUGA